UUGAAGUACUCUCCGUAUCGCGUGUCAUUACACCCGAGUCAUCAUUUUAUUCGAAUAAAUUCACCCGGCGAGCAAAGUGACGCGCGUACGUCCAAGAUAUCACGUUGAUAAAUUGUCGAGUGUUAAGGCGCGAUGGUGCCGCGCGCACGGUGACUGAAUCGACUCACGCGGUCCCGGUCAGUUCCGUGCAUUCAAUAUGGCAGGUCGAGGUGGUUACGACGAUUCAAGAGAUUAUCCAACUCAUCGAAGUAGAAAACCUUUACCAACUGAACCACCAUAUACUGCGUAUGUGGGAAAUUUGCCGAAUGGAAUUGUACAAGGCGACGUUGACAAAAUCUUUGAGAAGCUUAAUGUCAAAGUCAUCAGAUUGGUUAAAGACAGGGAUACUGACAAAUUUAAGGGCUUCUGCUAUGUCGAGUUUGAAGACUUGGCUGAUCUGGAGGCAGCAUUGGAAAUGGACGGAGCGGUAGAAGUAGACAAGUGUUUGAUCAAGAUCGAUGUAGCAGAAGGAAAAAGAAAUGACCGUGGCGGUGGCUUUGAUAGGAGAGGUCGUGGGGGCAGCAGCAGUGGAAGUGGAUUCAAAGGACGAGAUUCCGGCCGUAGUGGAUACGGCGACGAUUUUGAUAGUAAAUCCUCAUAUUCAAGAUACAGUGAUAGAGGCCCCCAUGGAGGUAGUAGGCAAGGUAACGAUAGAUGGGAUUCUAGAAGUAAUAGAGGCAAUUACGGCCAAUUCAACGACGACACAGGUGGAAAUCGUGAUUGGUCGCGAAGUACGUCUAGUAGGUCGUACACUAAUAAACCUCCACUUCGGGGAAGUGGUUCAGACCGAAAACCCUUCCCAGAUGACCCUUACAAAGAUGCUCCUCCCCCAGACACUACUGGAAGAAAACGUUUGGAGCUCCAGCCAAGGACUGUUAAAGAGCCUGUGAAUUCAAUUGCGGAAUCAAGUAAAACAAGUUCCAUUUACGGAGGUGCAAAGCCUCGAGAAGAAAAAUUGAAAAUGCAGCUGGACAAGUAAAAUUAACGAUAUCAUCAAUAGUCUCAGAUUUCCCCGAGGAAAUUGGAGAAAGAAACAUUGUUGACACAAAAUUUUAAAA